UGCCAUAGUCUUCACUGUUUUACGUUGAUACGCGGAUGAUUUUUUACUGCUACAUUUACUUUAAUUCACCAUACUGACAAUCAGAUGUACGAAGCCAUUUCGCUUUGGACUCCGUUAUCUCUGUUAGAGCAAAAAGUAAACUGCACGUGUCUUCGUUGUUAAAUAAGGUUAGCCAGCUAGCCAUUGCGAGCAAUAGAAGAAAAAGACACACACCAUGGGCGAAAAUGCAGGAGCUGGAGUGUUUCUCGAACUAAGAAAACGGUUGCAAAGUGGUCUUCUUGUUCUCUGGAGAGAUGUGGCGAAGAGCUAUGCAGAGGUGAGGGUUACAGGGGGAGAUUCGUCCCUCCACAUUCGGACUCCUCGGGGCCUGCUAAUCGUGGAGCUGCCAGCAGGGGUCAGCCUUGUGGAGGGCUCCUGCAGGGAGGCACCUGAAAGAGGAGAUGAGAUACACUUCAGAAUGCGCCUCAAUGUGGACCAGCACACAGAUGACACGGGUAAUGGGGCCCUGGGGAGUGUGAUGGAGAGGCUGCAGGUCCAAGAGAGUUAUUGCUUCCACUGCCAGUCCUGUGGGACCAGGGUGCUGGAGGAGAGGGUGUUCAAGCGAGUGCUCCCUCUCCCCAACGGAAACUGGAGCUCCCUGGUGGAUGACUGGUGCUGCCAUCCUGACCCCUUUGCCAACCUGAAGCUGCUGCCCCGAGCGGAGGACUGUUUACUGGGCGACACUCACCUCCUUGUGCCCCGGGAUAGAGGCUGUGAGGAGACUCUCACCCAGGAGCUCAGCCCCAUCACCAACAAAAUGGCUGAUGGUCAAAAUCAGGACACACCGAAACCCAACCGCAGGCGUACACUUGUCUCCUGUAAGAGCUGUACAGCCGGCCUGGGAGAGGCUGUGGCACCAGGGACCCUGAAACUCUACAUCACAGAGGUGACAGUGAGACCCAGUGUGGGAGACAGCCAGUUUGAUACCUCUCUAGACAGGUCACUGUUCCUGGAACAGACCAUAGCUGCCAGACUGGUGGAGCUGUCCUCCUCCCAGAGCAUGUUUCGUUUCUCUGUCCAGGCCUCAGAUGGAAAAGCCUUCAUAUUGCUCUGGCUCCUGAACAGCGACUCCCUCAUUGCCUCGUUCUCUGCCACUCCGUUAUCGACUGUCAGAGGUGAUGCUGUCACCUCUCCCGGCCGCCGCCAGUGUUCUGAGCAUCAAUCACCCACUAAGGCUGGCAGCGCCGUCAAAGUCCUCUAUCUCCCCUGUUCUCCCUCUGCCAGCACACACCAGGAUGUUGUAGACACCUGGGAGAAGGACAUCGGUGUCCACCCCCUAGACCUGCCCCUGACCACGUGCCAGGAGCUGUUGUUGGUACUGACAGCCAGUACUUCCUGUCUCCCUCCGUCACUGCAUUCCAUGAACUCCUACCAGGUGGCGUACAUGAGACUGUAAUGUCAGAGGUCAAGAGCCAUGGAUCCACUCAUCUUUCCUAGAGGGAGAUCAGCAGAAGAAACACUGGAACACUAGAGUACAGUUACUUAUCUGUCUUAGGCUGUGUUCAAGACGCACGUAAUGGGAAACCAAGUUCCAUUGCCAAAGUUCAGCUGGUGCGUACCUCUGUGUCGAGCAUUCUCCUUAAAGAACGAUCAUUCCGUUAUACAUUUUGAAAAGGCUUCUUCAAUUUGGUCCUACUGAACAUGACCCUGAUAGCUGCUGUAAUGCAGACCAUGUAAAAAGACUUGUAACUAAUCAUUCCAAUGGAAUGUCUGAGUUAUUGAUGACCUGCCCAGAUUAAAUGGUGAAUCUGACUAA